GGAAGUUGGCAACGUAAGCCCCUUAGCCCUUGUUUGUGAUCAAGUGCACAAUUUCUGUUCACUCCGGGGCCUGAAACACCCAAUAACUCAAUUUGUGAUGAUUGUAUUACAUCCGCUCAGAAAAGUCAGACAAAACUUAAAACCAACAUUAAUAUGGAGAAGUCAACAUACAAGUACAGUGACUUCGGUGACUCAGCUGAAAACCAACAAACAGACACAACGGAGGAGUGACAUUUUAGAUCAAAGGUGCAUGUUGUGUUAGACUAUCUACUCCCCAAUUGAUGAUGACGCUUCCCACAAACUCCACCGAUGACACCCUCCCUCAGUGUGUUGUCAAUGACCAGAUGGAGCCUUUCAGCGUGCUCUACAUCCUGGUCUUUCUCACCAGCAUAGCUGCCAACCUGGUGGCUCUGUGGGUGUUCAUACACAGCUACAAUGACAAGAAGAGCAUCAAUGUCUACCUGGUCAAUCUCCUGACCGCUGACCUCCUGCUCACCCUGGCCCUGCCCUUCAAGGUGGCCAAAGACCUGGGUGUGGCACCCUGGGGCUUCAUGGUCUUCCACUGCCAGGUGAGCGCCGUGGUAGUCUACAUCAGCAUGUAUGUGUCCAUCUUCUUCCUCACCUUCGUCAGCAUUGACUGCUACAUGCAGAUCAGCCAGAGCUCCAGACUGUUCCGUAUACAAGAAGUGGGCUUCGCCAGGCUGAUGUCAGUGACGGUGUGGCUACUUGUGCUCCUCAUCAUGGUGCCCAACAUGGCCCUGCCCAUCCAGGACGUCCCAGAGAGGAAGUUCCUGAGCUGCUCCAAGCUGAAGCAGGAGGUGGGACUCCACUGGCACGGCCUCUCAGUCUUCCUCUGUACCUUCCUGUUCCUCAACACGUCCACGGCUGUCCUCGUCUCCAACGGUCUGGUGCUAAAGAGGUUGCUGGCGAGCAGGAAUGACCCUGAACAGUGGCGCCAUGCUCGCCGUGCAACCGUCAAUGUUACGGUGGUGACGGCAGCGUACGUGGUGUGCUUCGUGCCAUACCACGUGGUACGGACGCCCUAUACGCUGGCACAGACCGAGGUCAUCACUCCAGACUGCCAGACCAAGAGGCACCUCUUCCUGGCCAAGGAGUCCACAUUACUGCUGGUGGUGCUGCAUCUCUGCCUGGACCCCGUGCUCUACUACUACUUCUCCAAGGCAUUCAGACAGAGCGUCAGGAAGGUGUUCACGAGUAGGAGGAGCAGACGGGAUUCGAACACCAUCCCAAGCCAGUGAAGACUUGAAGCUACAGCCAAUAACUGCCAAG